AGAUUGCUCAAACCUAUGCUUUGGUUUCAGGAAUGAAAAAAAAAAGUAGAAUUGAAAAACAAAAUAAAAUAUUUGUUGUUUUCCUGUUCAAUUUGAUAAAACUGUGGCUGAAACUUUGAAAACAAAAUGGUACAUUUACUUUUUAUUUAUUAGUUGGUGAAGAUUGUACGUUUUCUUACAAUAAUGAUUAUAAUCACUUUCAUUAGAUUCAUUUAAUUAUUUAUUAGAUUGUGAAGAUUGUAAGUUUUCUUAUAAUAAUAAUAUUAAUCACUCUCGUUAGGCUGAUUUUAUAUGAUGAAACGAAAACUGUUAUUAAAAAAAACAAAAGUUUUAACAUAUUUAAAAAAAUUUUGCUAUUUUAAAUUCAUCUUUGUCUUUUCAGUGGAUUAUGAUGUUGGCUGACUGAUUCUUGCCUGCACUCAUUGAAGUGAAUCUCUUUUCGUCUCCAUAGCGAAUUAUCAUGGAUCUAAAUUUGCAAUUAUUUGCGAUUAUUGGCUUCUUCUCUUCAAUUUUUCUUUACUCAGUACUUCUCAGAAGGACAAAGAUUACUACAACUUGCAAUGCUAGAAAUGCCCCUGAACCAAUUGGUUCAUGGCCAAUAAUCGGCCACCUCCACAUGCUACUUGGUGGUGCCUAUAAGCUUCUUCACCAAAAGCUUGGAAUUAUGACUGAUAAAUAUGGACCAGCCUUCUGUAUCCGCCUUGGAAGCCGCUGUGCUUUUGUGGUGGCCAGUAAGGAAGUGGCAAAAGAAUGCUUCACCACUAAUGACAGGGCCUUGGCUUCCCGUCCUACAACAGCAGCAACAAAACACAUGUGUUAUAACAAUACAGUGUUUGGUUUCGCUCCCUACAGCCCCCACUGGCGGGAAAUGCGGAAGAUAGUAAUGCUUGAACUUCUCUCUAACAGUCAACUUGAAAUAAUCAAGAAUGUACAGGCUCUUGUAGUUAAUGCAGGGAUAAGAAAGCUUUAUAGUCUAUGGGCAGCAAAUAAUAAUAAGCUGCCUGUGCUUGUUGAACUUAAACAGUGGUCACAAUAUAUUACAUUUGAUGUGAUUGUUAGAUUGGUGGCUGGAAAAUGUUAUGAUGAUGGUGAGGCAAGACGGUGUCAGGAUUUGAUUUCUGAGUUCUUUCGCUUGAUGGGUGUUUUUGUGGUUUCCGAUGCAUUUCCAUUUUUAUGGUGGUUGGAUUUUCAGGGACAUAAAAGAGCAAUGAAAAAGACAGCCAAGGACUUAGAUGCAGUACUUGCAAGUUGGCUAGAAGAGCAUCGACAAAGGAGAAUUUCAGGAAAUGUCAAGGCUGAAAAUGAGCAGGAUUUCAUUGACAGGAUGUUAUCAGCCGAGGAGAAGGGACAUCUCUCAGGUUUUCCAUAUGAUGCAGAUACUAGCAUCAAGUCUACCUGUCUGGUAUGACACACACACACACACACAC